AUGAUGUGCCGUCCCUUCAUUCUCAACGCCUCGUCCAAGCCAAGCCUGCGAACUUCGUUGCCCUCGCUGUCGCUCCUUGGCUCAAUCUAUCUCGCUUUGGCUGGCCUUGCUCGCUCCCUCAUCCGCCGCCCGCUCUCUGUGCUGGUCAUGGAGUUUGUCGACCCGGCCCGUGGAGUUGUCGUGGGACUAUCUCUCCCACCCACGACCAAGUGCUACCACCAUUGCACCAGUUGGACCAGUACAUAUUCUCCCGACUGUGCUCCGUUCCGUUCGCACCGCCAGCCGUGUCUGCCUCUUGCUCUCUCCGCCGAGUGCGACCAGACGACCAGUACAGUACCCGACGACGUCGACGCACCGGCUACCUAUAUCUGUCUCGACAUCACCCAUAUCCUAGCUCACCACCCGAGUACACCUCUGCUGCCACGCUCAUCUCUCUCCGCCGCAUACUGUCGACUCCAAAAUCUUGGCUCGUCUUCUCCCUCGCACCUCUCGCACUCGCGGCAAAUCACUCUCGUCUCCCAAGACGCCAUAUUCACACUGUUUAAAAAAGCGCCAGCGUCUUCUACCAUUUACAACGCCAGCAUUUCUUCGCCACUUACCCUCGCCCGUUGA